AUGAGCACGGUUGUCACCAAGAAAGCUUCAGAUAUCAUUGCACACCUAGCACGAGUCCGUCCUUUAAUAUCCGCUCAUAUUCCUCUUUUCACGCUGUCGGCAACGGCUGAUACGGAUCCAGGCGAGCUUUCUGGUCUUGUUUCCCAGCUACAGUCGCUAUCAGAUCGUUCAGUUGGCUGUCUUUCUGCUCCCAUCCCUUCACGCAGUGAUAGUUUUAAUGGAGCGUUUGCUUGCUCCUUGGCGAUUUUUGACUUCGCAAGAGCGACCAGCUUUAGGAGUAAUAUACCAGGCCGACCGAUCACGCAAGUCGGGCGUUGGCACGCGUUUAGAAAAGAUACAACUAGAACGACGGAAGCAGAGAAACUGGGAAGUGCUUUAGGCGGUACAGAUUUAUGGUCUUUGAGAAUGAAUAGCAGAUCUCUCCCGGUUGAAUUGCAGGCGCUCGAGAGGGCUGAUACGAUAGACACCGUUGUGUACUUUACCGACGGCUCAUCGGAAGGUCUGGUUGAUGCGUUUCGCUUUUUCCCUUCAGCUACAAGCGUUGGCCUGGUCGCGACGUCAACGCCGUUUGUAACUGGUCGGCCAUAUACGCUCUUCCAUGGCAGCGCUGUACAUUCUUCAGGUGCCGUUGGAGUUUGUCUGAAUUCGCCAAAACAACCUACCUUCCAUACCAACUUUCCUGGAUUACAGGCCUUAACAAAAGCAAUGUUUGUUACAGAGUCAGAAGGAAACCUGAUACAUUCUCUUGAUAAUAUGAAUCCGACCAGAUUGUUGCUCUCCGCUAUUCAGCAACGUAACGGUCAACCAGGAUCCGACGGUCAAUCAGGAUCCGCUCUGGACUUCCAGCUCAUUACAAAAGACGAUCUGUUCUUUGUGGGCACAAUUCGUGACAACGGCAGUGAUUCAGAGGCAAGUGUCUUUCAGUUGUAUCACAUAACGUCUGGUGAUCCUUCUCGAGGGACGUUUGCAAUUGAAAGUGAAUUUGCCCCCACUCCAGGCAUGCUUGUACAGCUCUAUCAUCUCCCCAGAGGCUCUGUACCAGAUGUACUUUCCAGAUAUCUACCGGCCAGUUUUUCAAGUCCAGCGAGCCGUAAGAUGUCAUUUUCCAUGUCUCCGCCUGACGUCUUGUCUCUUGAUGAGAUAUCCGAAGUUGGACCAGAAACAAUUGUCAUCGAUGAUACAUUCCUGGUCGCGUCAGAAAAUGGAGUUGUCAUAGGCCGCCAAGGAGGUGACCCUUCCACGAGAGAGCGUCCAUGGACCUGCAAGGUACCGGGAGGCGAGAUUGACCUUCGAUGGGCCCUUCGUUGA